AUGUCAAAUGUAUCCUCUGCAGUUUCUCCAACUCUUUCGGAGGCAGCUGCAGCUUGUCGAGCAAAGAUGCAAGCAGCUGGAGUGAAUGAAGCAUGUAUACGCACCUUUCUCUCUCAACACGCCGUUAUAAGCAGUGGACAAACAGGUGAAAUACCAGAAAGUGCUAUUUCUCCUGUUAACUCUCUUGAUACACUUGAGAGUAUUAAUGUUCCCUGUAGUAAUGAUUUGUUGCAGCAAACUGUAGUUCUAAAACUAAACGGUGGUCUUGGCACAGGUAUGGGUCUACACACCGCCAAAAGUCUUCUCCCUGUAAAAGAUGGUAAAACAUUUCUUGAUUUCACGGCAUUGCAAAUUGAACAUCUUCGCAAAACAUCUAGUGAUCGACUACGAUUUAUGUUAAUGGACUCCUUCUCAACUUCCGCAGAUACAAAAUCCUUUUUAAAGAAAUAUCCCCGAAUUUAUGAAGUCUUUGAUAAAGAAGUUGAAUUAAUGCAAAAUCGUGUUCCUAAAAUAUUACAAGAUAAUCUCUUCCCAGCCACUUAUGAACCAGAACCCUCAUGUGAGUGGACUCCCCCGGGACAUGGGGAUCUUUACACUGCACUCUAUGGAAGUGGUAAAUUGGAUGACCUCUUACGCGAUGGAUACCGAUAUAUGUUUGUUUCAAACGGUGAUAAUCUCGGUGCUACACUUGACGGACGUCUUCUUGCGUAUAUGCAGGCAAACAAGUUGGAUUUCCUUAUGGAGGUUUGUGAGCGUACCGAGUCUGACAAAAAAGGAGGUCAUCUUGCAUAUCAGAUGGUUAAUGUGGAUGGUACCACAGGACAGGAACGUCGUUUAAUCCUUCGUGAAUCAGCACAAUGUCCAAAAGAAGAUGAGUCAAGCUUUCAAGAUAUUACUAAACAUCGUUUCUUUAACACAAACAAUCUUUGGAUAGAGCUUCAAUCCCUCAAAAAGGCAAUGGAUAACCAUAAUGGUAUACUACCACUUCCUGUUAUUCGAAACGCAAAGACUGUGAAUCCAACUGAUAGCAGUUCACUAAAAGUCUAUCAACUUGAAACAGCGAUGGGUGCAGCUAUUGCAUUCUUUAAAAAUUCAGCAGCAGUGGUGGUUCCACGUGAACGAUUCGCUCCCGUUAAGACGUGUGCAGAUUUGCUUGCGCUACGCUCUGAUGCUUAUAAAGUUACAGAAGACCAGCGUCUUGUAUUAUGUGAGGACCGAAAGGGUAUACCACCAGCGAUUGAUCUUGACAGUAAUUAUUACAAGAUGAUUAAUGGUUUGGAAAAACUUGUAAAAGGUGGUGUCCCAUCUCUUCGAUUAUGCAAUAAACUUUCUGUGAAAGGCCCAGUGGAAUUUGCUGGUAAUGAUGUUGUGAUAAAGGGUAAUGUAACAAUUCGUAAUAGCAAGAAGGAUCCGUUGGUCAUUGAACAUAAUCGUGUGCUUUCAGAUGAAGUGGUGGAAGCAUAA